CAGCGCCAGAGCCCACAUUCGCGACUAUAUCAUCGUCACCCCAUCAUAAACCCGGUAGGGUGUACAUCUCAACGACAAUCUACCCAGCAGAACAGAAGGGGCGACUAGUAAGGUCGACGAGUGUAAGAUUAUCGACAUCCAAGGUCAUCAUGGACGUGUCAUUCGCGUCGUCUGGAGCAAUGAGUCGCGCACAUUACAGUCUCGUCCGCAGAGUGGAGACCGCUACGUCCGUCCAAGCUGCUGACAGGGUCAUACUAGACGAGAUUAAUACCAUUCAGAGUACUCUGGAGCAACCGCAUCUAUCAAUUAAAGUCUGCAAGGAAUCCUUAAUUCUGUUGUUGUAUAGCGCGAUGGCUCUCAGUGUAGCUUCACCUGGCGACCUCAGCUUCGCAUUCCACCAUGCCGUGAAUCUUGCGGAACUUGGCGAGAGUAUUCUGGAUAAGAGAAUUGGUUAUACCUUCUGUUUGCAAAUGAUGCCCCCGAAUCACGAGUUACAUCUCAUGCUCGUCAAUACCCUCCGCAAAGACCUCGAGAGCACUUCGAUCGGUCGCAUCUGUUUAGCUAUGGAUAUUCUUAUGCAAAUUCGCAGCGAGGACGUUGCCCCAGCAGUCCAGUCGCGGCUUCGAUUUUUCCUUCGCGACAAGAAUGACUCAGUUCGGAGGCGGGCCCACACGGUAUACUAUGCUUUGUUUCACCGGGAUCCCGACCACGUUAAACGCUUGGAGGAGUUGCUAACACAUGCCGGGGACCCUGAUAUUAUUCCGUCCAAUCUGGUGGUGGCUAGCAAACUCCAGUCGGAGUCCAUGGCGCGCCUUCUAAACUCUCAUUUACACAAUGCCUGGCUCAAUCCUAAGCAUUCCGUAUACACUAUCCUCCGAGCGCUUCGUGAAGGAAGAAUGAAUCUUGACUCCAGAAACGUUCCCCUCAUCUUUGAUGUCGUUAGACACGCCUCCCUCCCUCCGACACAGGCCCUCCUCGAUGCCUUCGCACUUCUGUCAACUAUCCCAUCGGAUGUGAUCACCGAGUAUCAGGCCAAGUUGUCAUAUUCACCUGCGGCUGGCAUCCGCCACCUGCUCAAAUCUAGCAAUGCGAACGAACAGUACAUUUUUAUAUCGUGUUUGAGCUUCCUCGAUCCGAGCUCCUGGGCUGGGGAUCGACCAGGGAACCCAGCUGUAUUUGAUGAAUGGGAAGUUCAGGAGAUAAUCAAACUCUUGAAUUCCCAUGAUAAUUUGAUCAGGAAAGCAACUCUGAAAGUUCUUUAUUCUGUCAAUCCAAGCAUAGUGGCGACCUAUUAUUCCCAACUAACACAAAGCGUACGGCCUGAACUUUCCGUGGCGGCCAAAGGCGAUUGCGUCCUACGUCUCCUCGAUGUCAUGGAGGUACAAUGUCAGGAAGACUCGGAACAAUAUGCGAAGCUCUUCAAGGAACUUUUUGCGAUUGUUGAAGGCGAUGUACAAGGUCGGAUAGAAACUCUGCCAGUGCUAGAGGGCUGCGUUGAUAGGGUCCUCAAUCGUGUCCGGGAUGCCGAUACGAUAUCUCGAAUAUCGCUGGUGACUGCACUGGUUAUUCCUCUUAUAGAACCAGAAAAUCGCGUUGGACCAACGCUAAUGGUAGUGAUUUGUGCUCUUGUGUGUGAGCACUGCGCAAAGCUUCCGAUAUCUCCGGUCGAGAUCCUCCGAGGAAUGGCAAAAAGGCUUGUCCUCUUUUCCCCUUCCCUGCAAGAUGUCUGUUUGCUAUCCAUGUUGCGCCUAUCGGCCGAGUGUAGUGAGGUGCCCGAGGAGGUCAUUCGAGCGGUGCAGGAAUUGUCACGAUCUUCAGGGAGGUAUAUCCGAAAUCGAUGUGAACAACUUUUGAGCUUCGCUCGGCAGCGGCACAUCCUCACCGACAUAAUAUCACGAGAACCUUCCUCUUCUCUUCCAGAUUUUCUUUCGUCAUUGACAAAAUAUCAGCAUAGUUCUGCCGGCAGGUCGUCUCCUCGUCAACCAAGUUCUGAGAGUCCCGGAUCGUUGGAAGUUCACCAUCCUCUAUCAGUGGUAUCUCUAAACAAGCUGCGAUAUGAAGCAUAUCCAACUCCGCAGCCAGUGUCCAGUCUCAAAAAUCUUGCAGGUCAGCGUCCGGAUGAAACUUCUUUGCGCAGCCCGGGGAAUGUCGGAAAGGGCGUGUCUAAAGAAGGUAGUACAACCAUGCCCCCCGCUGAGCUCGAAAAUACGGUAACACCGGGAGAGUUAACGCUCGCAGUCGCAGAACAUUGGCUUGAGUCGGACCAAGCAGCUCAAGUGCACGAGGAUUCAAAAACGGUGGCGCUAGAUGAUUUGGCAUCGCGCGUGGAUUUAAUUGCUCUGGAUUCGCCGUUCAUCGCAGAUCAUGUGAAUACCCGACCAGAACCCGAUUUCGAGGAAAGAUGGAACUCCAUGCAGAAUUCGAACUUAAGGGGGUGGUGCGAGGCGUCGACAGAUACAAUACUAGAAGUCCUGCGAACCUUGCAACUGUACAUGCGGGUCAUCGCCAUUGACCAGCCUCCUUUUGAAGGCGAGGUUAAGGUCCUGGUGCAUGCAGCACCCGCUGACAAGUACGCAGCGCUCCGACUGCGAGACGGAAAUGAUGAAGGCUGCUUAUGGAGGCUGCGAUGCGACGACUUGGCAUUGAGAAUGACAAUCAAGAGACUUCUUGAAGGAAUGUGAAACCCAGUAUAGUAUCACUGACAGCACUUCCGGGUGCAUAAUGAACGGUUGGCGAGUUUCAGUUAACCGGUCUGGCAUAAGGUGUUGGAAUAAAGAUGUAUCACAGGAAAAGCUUCUGCAAAAACAGAAUGCUGAGUGCAUCCGCAAGCGGCAAAUGGUUUGUCGUGUAAGACGAAACAUGGAUUGAAAUGGUUGUUAUAGAGCACAUCUCGCUUACAGUAAACGUCGCCUCGGGACUCUUGUAGUUUGAUAUAUCAUCAAAGAUGAUAAAUUCGAAUACACCACAUAUUUUGG